AUGACUGUUGUGGCAGACCCUCUCGCCAUCCUACCACCAGAGAUAGUCCUGCGGGUCUUGGAAUUCUCUUCAGUCUCAGCCCUCGCAUCCCUGACCGCAGUCUCCAAGGCGUGGAACGAAUUUAUCGACGUCACCCACCAAGAAGCCAUAUACACCUCCGAAUCCAAAACCGCCCAACCCCUGGGAGGUUCUCGCGAUCUUUCAUUCCUCUCGGACAGCCGUAGUUUCUCCAAGCUAUUUGAGAACACGGCAUCAUGGAAAGACCUAUGCAAGUACCAGACAUUGCUUGCUCGCAAUUGGGCCAAGCAGCACCCAUCUACCCAUGAGUGGGCGAUGCAAAUAGGCAAUGACCCUGUCUGGCGCUUCCGUGCUGAUUUCAAGCGCCGAAUAUUUAUUUCCACCUCCCAUGCUGGUGGUCUGAACGUCACUGAUAUGGACACGGGCCGAAUCCUCUGGCGACUCCCCUCCACGCUGGAUCGUGACGAGGACUCUGUUCGCCCAUUCGCGCAUCUAGAGUACCAGGAUGGAAUGGCAGUGUUCGACCGCGAAGGGGAUGCCGUUGAAGUCUGGCAGACAGACCUGGAAGACACUUCGCGCGGAGAGUUCCGACGCACUGCGGUCUUGUCCCACAAUUGCCAGACAAGAGGCUUUCAAUUAUCCUACUGGACCCUCUGUGUGGUGUCUAACAAGGGCCAGGGGUUUCCCCCCAAGUUGACUGCCCACCUGGAGAUCGAGCGCGGCGCUGUUGGCCAUCUUGAUCAGUGUGAGGAUGCGGUGAUUUACUCGAUAGGCACGAAAGGCUAUUAUGCCUACGACAAGAAAUCAGGUGCAUUUUUAGGCGCAUUGCAGCCGUCGUAUUGCACAGACAGAUAUCACAUCCGUCCACCUCCCGCCGACCCUGCACGAUACCAUACAGAGAGCUCAAAUAAAGACUGUCUGGAGCCGAUCAAAAUUGCGAAGGGUCCUCUCCAACCCCCGGAGGAUCCUGAUCAUGUCUACAACCAGGAAGACGAGUGGGGAGCAGGAAUGUUGAACGGAGAUCUCUUCGUCGGUUUCUCUCGUGCCGGCCGUGUUUUCGUGUGCUACGAUUGGCGAAAAGCCCUUCGCGACCAAGAAAGCCUUGUAGCACAUAGCUCAAUUAUUGAAUGCGAGUCAGACGGUGAAAGCUUUGACUUGGGCGGUUGGUUGGCAGUACACAACCAUCGCCUGAUGUUCGAGAUCAAGGAUCGGGCCUAUGUCGUUGCACUUAACGAUGAUAAUAGGAUUCAAGAUGUCGAAUGCCCCACCCGCGCUUCAUACGCGUUGUUAAACAGCUCUGCGGCGCACCUGGCUGUAGCAAUCAGCUUCAUGGCAUUCAGUGAUGACGCGAUUAUGACCACUUACACUACUCUUGGCUUCCGUCAAGCCCCUUCCAACAUUCCAGGUGAUAUACUCCCACCUGAGCGCGAAAACGCGCCUCGCAUCUUCCCGACAAAGGUUAUUCGUAUCAUUAGUCUAGCCCCUGACCUCUCCAAUAACAAAACCCACUCAUCUGGAAACCCAAUGCUGCCGAACGAAGAUCCUUUUUCUCAUUGGCCCAACUGGCGCACGGAAACUGGGCUCUUUCAAUUGAUCAGCAUGCUUGGUGAUGAGGCAGAUCCGGCAGAUCGAGCGAGGUUGGCGGCUAGGCUCAGAGAAUUCGAUGAUGAGUUGGGGUUGGCCGAGGGCUCGGACUCGGACUCAGAUGAGCUUAAUAUUUGA